AAUGUCAAAAUCGUAUUCUAUUCGAGUUUUACUCUAUUUCGGUUUUAGGUUAUUAUAAAUAAUUUUAUUAUCAAAGCAAUCGUUGCAAGAAUUUUACUUGACUUCAAUAUUAAAUAUUUAUAAUGUCCUUAUUAAGAACAUUUUUAAAACGCCAAAUUUUUGCAAAUACUCACCGAGUAACAGUAUCUACAACAAGAUUCGCCUCCGAAUUAAAACCUGACGAAGAUGCACCUGUUGAAAUAGAAAAUCCAUUCAAAAAGGAGCGACGAGAAUGUAUACUAUGCAAGUUGAAUAUAACACCUGAUUACAAAAACUACCGUUUAUUGUCACAGUUCCAGAGUCCAUAUACUGGUAGAAUCUAUGGGAGACACAUUACUGGUUUAUGCAAAUCUAAACAAGAAAAAGUAGAAACAGAAAUCAAGAAAGCACAAAACUGUGGCUACAUGCCAUACUAUUACAAAGAUAAGGCAUUCUUAAAAGAUCCAAAACUAUUCGACCCUGAAAAUCCAAUAAGAUCGCACAGAUUUUAAUACCUAAAUAGUAUAUUAUUAAGUAGUUUGUAUUAUAAGGUAAAUUAAUAAAUAUUUUGAAAAUUUAAA